GGGAGCUUUAUGUUUCAUAAACUCAGACCUGUCGAUCAGCUGCGACAUCUGCUUGUUAGCAAUAUAGGUGGAGAUGGAGAAGAGAUUGAAAGGUUUUUCAAAUUGCAUCAGGAGGAUCAGGCCUGUGCCACUUGCCUUAUCUUGGCCUGUUCCAAUGCUGCAUGUGAUAGAGAAGUAUCUGCAUGGGCUACUCGAGCAUUCUUCAGGUAUGGUGGAGAAGCACAAAUGAGAUUUCCAUCGGCUCUGCCUCCUCCAAGCAAUGUUGAACCCAUUUUGGGUUCUCCUGUUCCUGCCAUGACAGGUCAGGGUGGGAGAUGGCACCAUUCUUCUGCUACUGUUUCCUCCAUUUGCUCAAAGGGUUCCGCCUUGACUGCUGAUAGUCCAUACCCUAGUCUUAGCUUUUUGACAAGUGGGCAUGGUUUACAACCUCCUAGUAUUUCAAGUCCCAUGUUUCCUUCUGGGAAUUCCAUGUCUCACCCUGGUACAUCCAUUAGUGGAAUGAUGGGUCCUGAGAUAGUAUUUUCUGGAAGACACAAUGGCAUCUGCAUAUACUUUGCUCGGAUUAUAGGAAAUAUUUGGGAUGGCAGUAUAGUUGUGGAGAGAGUUUUCAAAAGUGGCAAUCGAGAAGUUGUUGCAGUAGAAAGCAGUGUUCCAUCCCAUGUGCUGGAAUGUGUACUCCAAGAACUAAAAGGUUUACAAGAAUUUCUGGAUAGAAAUUCACAGUUUGCUACAGUGGGAGCCCUUGGAAACCCAAGUUUUAGCACACCAGCCAAUCUACAACAGAGGCUUCUGGGUUUCAUGCGGCCAGAUGGUGGCAGUUCACAACAAGUCCAGCAAGAACUUCAAAGGAAAUAUCAUGCUGAGGCACAGCUAACUGAGAAGACAUCACUUCAAGGCAUCCAGCAGCUUGUUCGCAAAACCUGCCAGGCAUUGGCUUUGUGGAAGUUGCUGUGUGAGCACCAAUUCAGUGUUGUUGUGGGUGAGCUUCAGAAGGAACUUCAAGAACAUCUAAAGAUUACUGCUUUCAAAGACUUGGUAAUUAGAGACAGAGAGUUAACUGGAGCACUCAUUGCUUCUCUCAUAAACUGUUACAUCAGAGACAAUGCUGCUGUGGAUGGCAUCAUUGCCCAUUUGCAAGAUAUCUGUCCUCUUCUUUAUAGUACUGAUGAUGCUGUGUGUUCCAAGGCAAAUGAACUGCUUCAGCGGUCUCGACAGGCUCAAAGCAAACUGGAAAAAGAGAAGAUGCUAAGAGAGUCACUGAAAGAGUACCAGAAGAUCAGCAAUCAAGUAGACCUUGCUAAUGUUUGUGCACAAUAUAGGCAAGUGCGUUUCUAUGAGGGAGUAGUAGAACUCUCUCUUACAGCUGCUGAGAAGAAAGAUCCCCAAGGUCUUGGCCUCCAUUUCUACAAAAAUGGAGAACCAGAAGAGGAUGUUGUUGGACUCCAAGCUUUUCAAGAGAGAUUGAACAGUUACAAGUGUAUCACUGACACCCUUCAGGAGUUAGUGAAUCAAAGUAAAGCUGCUCCUCAGUCUCCCAGCGUACCCAAAAAGCCAGGUCCUCCAGUGCUGUCAUCUGACCCCAACAUGCUGAGCAAUGAAGAAGCAGGGCACCAUUUUGAGCAAAUGCUAAAACUGGCUCAGCGUUCAACAGAUGAACUCUUCAGUAUUGCACUUUACAACUGGUUGAUACAAGUUGACUUGGCAGACAAACUGUUGCAGGUUACUGCCCCCUUUUUGGAACCCUACCUUGUGCGGAUGACCAAGAUUGACCAAAACAAAGUCCGUUACAUGGAUUUACUGUGGAGAUACUUUGAAAAGAACAGAAAUUUUAGUAAUGCAGCCAGAGUCUUGGCUAAGUUAGCUGACCUGCAUAGCACAGAAAUUUCUCUUCAGCAACGAAUUGAGUACAUUGCACGUGCAAUUUUGAGUGCCAAAAGUUCCACUGCGAUAUCUUCUAUAGCUGCAGAUGGUGAAUUCCUACAUGAACUAGAAGAGAAAAUGGAAGUUGCAGGGAUCCAGCUUCAAAUACAAGAAACAUUACAACAGCAGUAUUCCCAUCAUUCUUCAGUGCAGGAUGCAAUUUCCCAGCUUGAUGCUGAGCUGAUGGAUAUAACCAAGCUCUAUGGAGAAUUUGCUGACCCUUUUAAGCUCUCAGAGUGUAAGCUUGCAAUUAUACAUUGUGCAGGUCAUUCUGAUCCUAUCUUGGUGCAAACUCUCUGGCAAGAAAUCAUUGAGAAAGAGUUGAGUGAUAGUGUGUCUCUGAGCCCCACCGACAGAAUGCAAGCGCUUAGUCUGAAGAUGGCAUUGCUUGGAAAGACAUAUGCUGGCACACCUCGUUACUUUCCUUUAGAUUUUAUAGUGCAAUUCCUAGAGCAACAGGUCUGCACUUUGAACUGGGAUGUAGGUUUUGUAACGUAUACCAUGCAAGAAAUUGGAGUGCAAUUGCCAAGGUUGCUUGAAGUUUAUGACCAGUUGUUUAAAGCACGGGACCCAUAUUGGAACAGAAUGAAAAAACCUUUACACCUUUUGGAAUCUAUUCAUGUAUUACUAUCAGGAUAUGUGCAUGAUCCAAGCAGAGUCCUUCUGAGGCGACAAUUUACAAAUGUGUGCUUGGAUGCAGUUAGUUGCUACCUUGUUGAACUUCAGUCUAUGAGCCCGACGCUAAUGGUGCAGACUACUGUUGGAAAUUUUAAAUCACUACAGGCUAAACUAGAACGGCUUCACUGAUUGACUAAUAUAAGAUGAACUAUGAAGCAGAAGUUCAGCUGUCUGCACCGAACCUAUGGAAGAACAA